GGGAGGGUAUGACUAAAAUGUACGGUCCAAGGUUAUACGAAAUUUUCAUUAUAAACUUCCUCGCAAAAAUCUUCUGAAGCGCGGGACAAGAAGCACUGAAAGGAGUGAAGCUUUCUGUGUUUUAGGUCUUUGCCACUUAACUAUAUGUGUGAUAAUUUAUCUCUCUUGUAGAUAGAGAGAUGGCCAUGGAACUCAUGAAAUUCCCGCUCUCUAUAACAUUUAGGGGCCUUUCCCGCCUCCCCAAAUCCACUCGGGGUUGGUCCAGAGUCUUCAUUUCUGGCCACACACCGAAAUUGGGUUUUAUGAGAGCAGCUUCUCUCUCUAAAACCGAUAAGAUUCAUAUAAAGAACAAGAAGAAAAGGCUGGAUGAACUUUGUCUCGAAAGGUUUCAGCAAUAUAGUCGGACAUUAAUACAGUCUUGGAUCCUACAAGGUAAGGUUUAUGUAGAUGGUAGAGUGGUAUCUAAGGCUGGGGCACCCACUCUUGACAAAGCUGUUGUAGAAAUAAUAGCUGAAAUUCCAAAAUAUGUAUGUAGAGCAGGAUACAAGCUAGAAGCAGCCAUUGAACAAUUAAAUAUUGAUGUUGCUGGGAAAGUUGCCCUUGAUUCGGGACUAUCCACUGGUGGAUUCACUGACUGUUUGCUCCAAUAUGGGGCAACUUUUGUUUAUGGAGUUGAUGUAGGCUAUGGACAAGUGGCCGAGAAAAUUCGCCGAGAUGAAAGGGUUUGUGUGAUAGAACGGACCAACUUAAGAUAUCUCUCAGAGCUUCCUCAGAAAGUGGAUCUGGUCACUCUUGACCUUUCUUUCAUUUCCAUACUUCUUAUUUCAGACUAUCUAAGCCAGAUCGGUCGCAGAUCUGCAAAGAAUAGGCCUUUUAAGGUUAUGCCGGCAGUAGUUAAUGUCAUGAAGCCUGUAUCUACUUUGGUUACAUUGGUCAAACCCCAGUUUGAAGCCCGGAGGUCCCAAAAGGAGGGGGAGCUCAAAAAAUGCCACAACUCAAUCUAUCCAUAUGCUGAAUCUGGACCUUCCAUUCAGUGGACAUCAGAUAAGGGGUUUCCAAUCAUUGAAAAGGGACUCAGCUCUGUUAUGAACAGGACAAACCGGCUACUCCUGUCUUUUGUAGACAGCACCACUGGCUCUGCAAUCUUGAAUACACUAAACCUAUUGCAUUGAAAUCACUGACGUAGCAAAUCCCAAAAUCAUUCUUUGAAGUUUGGAUAAUAUUGUGGAUAAGCAGUGUAUGGUAUUUGGUACAGCAUGGAAGUAUCCACCAUCCAUUUAUAUGAUGAACUGUCUAGAUUAAGCUUAGCUACUGAUGCUGGGUAUUCCUCAGGAUACCUGGAAUCUCUACUCCCUCAUUGGGCAUGGACAGUUAAUGUCCCUGUGGUUUACGAUAUACCAUACAGCACAGGUGUCUGGUAUACUUUACCUUUAACUGUUCCAAAUACCUUGGAAUUAUAAAAUUUAACAUUUGCAUCUUGGUUAUUAUGGCCCCAUGCAAAGGAUUAGAUGGUGCAUUUUUUUAUAUUAAAAUAUUGGGUUUCUCUUUUCUUUUUUAGUAAAUGGAUUAUGGGUAGUUUCUUUGCUAAAAACAUUUAUGGGUAUCCCAACCAUAUACGAUCGUAUCAUUGAAGGCAGGACUAAAAUAUAGGUUCUGAUAAGGAGAUGUACUGGUGUAUAUUUAUGUUUUUUAUAGGGAAACUGGGUACAAACUUGUAACCUCAGGGUUGGCGGUGUAUAUUUAUAGCUUCUCUUACUGUACAUGGUUUGGUGUUAUGCUACAAUUGCUCAUCAGAGUAACUAUUUUUGGUGUGCAUGAAGUCAUGAUAUGUUUGAUGCCUUAUUAUUGUUCGGACCAGUGUUUUAAACCAUGGGCUCGGGUUGGGACUCGCUAGGGUUCAAGCCUGCUUAAGGCAAUUUGAGUAAGCUGAGUCCCACUAAGAAUCGGCCAAGUCAUAAAAAAAAUCAACAAAUAAUAUCUUGGAAAUUGGCGAGUUGUAAAUUACUGGUUGGGAUUUAUAAGAAACCUUUACAUGUUAACUGUCCCUGAAGCAGCAUAAAAGCUUAAUGAUGGCUGAAGAAACUAAGAUUACGAAUGGUUGUGUAGUUUCCCCUUAGUUUUCACAUAAAGUCGUUUGUCCCUUUACGAUUUCCUGGAUCUUUUCAUGACUACGCAGAAGGCAUUGACAUGAAAUAGAAAAACAAAUAGAGAAGUUGCUGCAUGUUAUUGAGUAAUUAUGUUUUAACUCCUCUCUUGUAGG